UGACUUGAAUGUGGGACCAGAGGGAGGGUCGGUGGUCGCCGGAGAGAUAAACAGUAACACAGCAGGUGGUCAACAAAAUAUAUAGACAACAGAGAUUACAAAAACAACAAUACAUAAACAGUAAUAUGUUCAAAGAUGGCUUUGUUGGAACUUUACACUAAGUACAACAGAGUGUGGAUUCCAGAUGCUAAACAUGUGUGGAAAUCAGCUGAGAUUGUCAGAGAUUUUAACUCAGGAGAUAAUGUUUUGGAGCUGCUUCUCGAGGACUGCACUGUGCAGCACUAUGCUGUUGACCCAGCAAAACCACAACUGCCUCCACUGCGCAACCCAGACAUCCUGGUUGGGGAGAAUGACCUCACUGCCCUCAGUUACCUUCAUGAACCUGCUGUGCUGCACAAUCUCAAAGUGCGAUUUGUGGAGUCCAAAAUCAUCUACACCUACUGUGGUAUUAUACUGGUGGCUGUAAAUCCUUACAAAUCCCUGCCAAUCUAUGGAGAUGCAAUCAUUCAUGCUUACUCAGGCCAGAACAUGGGUGACAUAGACCCUCAUAUAUUUGCUGUAGCAGAAGAGGCUUACAAACAGAUGGCCAGGAACCACAAGAACCAAUCUAUCAUUGUCAGUGGAGAAUCUGGAGCAGGUAAAACCGUGUCCGCUCGAUAUGCCAUGAGGUACUUUGCUGUUGUGAGUAAAUCUGGCAGCAAGACUCGCGUUGAAGACAAAGUCCUGGCAUCCAACCCAGUAACAGAGGCAAUAGGAAAUGCAAAGACCACCAGGAAUGACAACAGUAGCCGAUUUGGAAAAUAUACAGAAAUCAGUUUUGACAAGAGAUACCAGAUCAUUGGAGCAAAUAUGAGAACCUACCUCCUCGAGAAAUCCAGAGUUGUUUUUCAGGCUGAAAAUGAGAGGAAUUAUCACAUUUUUUACCAGCUUUGUGCUUGUGCUCAUCUGCCAGAGUUUGAGGACCUAAGACUGUUGAGUGCAGAUAAAUUCCAGUACACAUCCAUGGGUGGUGACAUCAGUAUUGAAGGGGUAGAUGACAUGAAAGACAUGGAAGAGACUCAACGGACUUUUUCAAUGUUGGGAUUGAAGGAGGGCUUUCAGUCUGACGUCUUUAAAGUUUUGGCAGCUAUUCUGCAUUUGGGAAACAUAGAGAUUAAAUGUUCAGGAAAUGAGAAAUCAUCAGUCAGUCCCAGUGAUCCACACCUGUCUGUCUGCUGUGAGUUGCUGGUUGUGAGCAGAGAAGGGUUGGUCCACUGGCUGUGCCACCGCAGGAUAGUGUUGAUGGCAGAGACAGUGGUGAAGCCUAUGCCCAAAGAGAGGGCAGUCAAUGCCAGAGAUGCCCUGGCGAAACACAUCUAUGCACAUCUUUUUGACUGCAUUAUACACAAAAUUAAUACAGCAUUGCAGGUUCCUGGGAAGCAGCAUGCUUUCACUGGUGUUCUGGACAUUUAUGGCUUUGAGACAUUCGACAUCAACAGCUUUGAACAGUUCUGUAUCAAUUAUGCAAAUGAAAAGCUUCAACAGCAGUUCAACUUGCAUGUGUUCAAGCUGGAGCAGGAGGAGUACAUGAAGGAGGACAUACCCUGGACACUUAUAGACUUCUAUGACAACCAGCCCGUCAUUGACCUGAUUGAAGCAAAGAUGGGGAUUCUGGACUUGCUGAAUGAAGAAUGUUUGUUUCCUCAGGGCACUGACCAAAGUUGGCUACAAAAGUUGCACAAUUAUCUAGACUCCAGUCCUCUUUUUGAGAGACCCAGGUUUUCAAAUGAGGCUUUUGUCAUACAACACUUUGCUGAUAAGGUGGAGUAUCAGUGUGGAGGGUUCCUGGAAAAGAACAGAGAUACUCUGUAUGAAGAGCUGGUAGACAUCAUGAGGGACAGUGAGUUCCCUUUUGUGGCCAAGUUCUUUCGAGAGGAGGAGCAAAGCGCUGUUAGCAGUAAAAGCAUUAAAGUGAGGCCUGCCAGACCUGGGGUGAAACCAACCAAUAAACAGCUGAGAACUUCUGUGGGAGAUAAGUUCUCCAGCUCUCUGUCUUUACUCAUGGAAACACUGAAUGCCACCAUCCCACACUACGUACGCUGCAUUAAACCAAAUGAUGAAAAAAUCCCAUUUGAAUAUGACUCCAGGAGAGUUGUGCAGCAGCUGCGAGCCUGUGGAGUUCUGGAAACCAUUCAUAUCAGUGCGCAGAGUUAUCCGUCCAGGUGGACAUACAUUGAGUUUUAUAGCCGCUACAGUAUCUUAAUGACACAUCAGGAGAGUGAUGUCGGUGACAAAAAGCAGACCUGCAAAAAUGUGCUACAGAGACUCAUUCAGGACCCCAACCAGUACAAGUUUGGUCGGACAAAGAUCUUCUUUCGAGCUGGACAAGUAGCUUAUCUGGAGAAGCUGCGUUUGGACAGACUUCGCAAAGCAAGCAUAACUAUCCAGAAAUUCUUCCGAGGUUGGAUCCAAAGAAGAAAGUAUCUCCGUAUGAGAGAAGCAGCUAUCAUCCUCCAGCAGUACAUCCGUGGGAAGAAGACUAUCCGAAAAAUGGUGACUGCUGAGACGCUGAAGAAGGGUUGGGCAGCAGUGGUAAUCCAAAGGUAUUGGAGAGGUUAUCGCACCAGACAGAUCUAUCACUUGGUCCGUCUGGCCUCUAUUACCAUCCAGGCCUUUACGCGAGGCUGGAUGGCCCGGAAACGCUACAAGAAGAUGUUAGAGGAGCACAAGGCUCUGGUUCUACAGAAAUAUGCCAGAGCCUGGCUGGUUCGACGAAGAUUUCAAACGAUGCGUCGACUGGUGCUCAAUGUUCAGCUUUCAUACCGAGUUCAGCAGCUCAGGAAGAAGAAUGAAGAGCAGAAUAAAGAGAAUCGGGGGUUGAUGGAAAGACUAACCCUUUUGGCCAACACGCACUCUCAAACUGUCGACCGACUUCAGGGCAUGGAGGCCCAGUUGGAAAAAUUAAACACUCAGAAGGCGUCUUUGGAAGCAAGAGAGAAAAAGGUCAAGGAAGACGUGGUUCUGACAACUACACAGUUUCAAAAGCAGAUAAAUGAAUUGGUUCUCGAAAAAAAAAACUUAGAGGAAAAUUUUGAAGUCUUAAUCAAAGAAGCCAAAGAAAAGUUUCAUCUUAUGAAGAGCAGUCUUCUUGAUGAGAAAGAAAAUGAAGCUAGACUAAGAAAGAUUGCAGAGAACAACAUCGAGAUCCUCAAACAGGACCAGGAGAAGGAGGUGGAAACUCUCAAAGAGGAGUUAAAGAAACUGAAAGAGGAGAGAGUCACUCUGCAAAGAAAAAUAGAGGAGGAGGGUCAGUUGAACUCUGACCUGCAGGAACAGAUUGUCCAGCUCACAAAACAUGUGAAGACUAUUCCAGAGCUGCGCAAAGAACUGAACACCCUGUACAAUCAGAAAAACAACGUGGACCGAAUGAUGAAAGAUCAGUCGGAACAAGCACGAGCAAAAAUGAACGAAAUUACAAGACAACUUCUCGGUGGAGUUGUUGAGGAGGAGGUUCUUUUAGGCUUUAUUUCAAAUGAUCAUGGGAAGAUCAAUGAGGUGGAAGAUUUGGAAAGAGCUUUUGAAUGCAUGCAGAAAGCUACCAGAGUGCUGGAAAACCACCAGAGGGAGCAGAAGGAGAGCUAUAAGAGCCAGCUGGAGGGCCUUCAUUUAAAAGUGGAACAUCUUCAAAAUGAAAACAGCAAACUGCAAACUUUGUUCCAGGAGAAAAGUGACAUGAAUGAGAAUAUUCGCCAAGAAGUGUCCAGACUCAACAGUGAGAACUCAUUCAUACCAGAGCUAAAACGACAGAUUUCAGAGCUGCAGAGGCAGAAGAAGGAACUGGAGGUCAAUGUAGAGGAGAAGAACAGAGAGUUAGCAGAAAAAAGAGAGGAGAUCACUAACGUUCAUCAAAUAAAGAUUGAGGAAGAGACUUCACUGCGACGGCACUUUGAGGACAAAACAGAGGAGUUGGAGGAGGUUAAGUGUGAACUCCAGGGUAGAGUGGAGGACCUGGAGGAGGAGAAGGAACACUUGAAGAAACAGCAGCUGAUGGAUAGUGAAGCUAGGAGCAAAUUGAGAGAGGAUAUUUCACAACUCACUGCUGAGAACAUGGAUUAUGAAGAGCAGCUCGAUCACAAAGACAGACUAAUAAGGAAGCUUCAAAAUGAAAUAAAGAGCCUCACAUCAUCCCAGAGAGCCAAGCAAACACCUACACCCAGCAUUCCUAAAGAAUACCUGGGCAUGUUGGAGUACAAGAGAGAUGACGAGAACAGGCUCAUCCAGAACAUCAUUCUGGACCUGAAGCCCAAAGGAGUGGUGGUCAACAUGAUCCCAGGUCUGCCUGCUUACGUCCUCUUUAUGUGUGUGCGUUAUGCUGACUACCUGAACGAUGAAGCCAAACUGAAGUCCCUCAUGAACGCCAUCAUCAGCAGUGUGAAAAAAGUCAUCAUGAAUUUCCACAAAGACUUUGAGCUGCUGUCCUUCUGGCUCUCGAACAUGUACCAGCUGCUCAACUGUUUGAAGCAGUACAGCGGAGAGGAGGAGUUCAUGAAACAUAAUACACCUCGCCAGAAAAAGAAUUGCUUGCAGAAUUUUGACUUAUCAGAGCACAGGCAGAUUAUCAGUGACUUGUCCAUCCACAUCUACCAUCAGUUAAUCUCCGUCAUGGAAAAGAAUAUUAAUCCUGCAAUUGUGCCUGGUAUGUUAGAGUACGAGAGUUUACAGGGGAUCUCCAGCAUGAAGCCCACAGGCUUCAGAAAACGCUCCAACAGCAUCUACGAGGACUCAGAGACCUUCACCAUCUCCUCCAUCAUUCAGCAGCUCACUUAUUUCCACUCUACCAUGAACCAACAUGGCAUGAGCCAGAGCUUAAUCAACCAGGCCAUCAAGCAAAUGUUCUUCCAAGUGGGUGCAACGACCAUCAACAACCUAAUGCUUCGCAAAGAUAUGUGUUCCUGCAGGAAGGGGAUGCAGAUAAGGUGUAACAUUAGUUAUCUGGAGGAGUGGCUGAAGGAGAAGGAACUUCAGAGAUCUAAUGCCAUGGACACUUUAAGGCCACUGUCUCAGGCUGCCUGGCUGCUGCAGGUCAACAAGUCCACAGAUGAAGACGCCAAGGAGAUCAACGAGAAGUGCACCGAGCUCAGCCCUGUUCAGAUUGUCAAAAUUUUGAAUUCAUACACACCUAUUGAUGACUUUGAGAAAAGAGUCUCGUCGUCGUUUGUCCGCAAAGUUCAGUCUUUACUCCAGGAUCGCGAAGGUUCCACACAGUUGAUGCUGGACACAGAUUACCGUUUUCAGGUCAUGUUUCCUUUCAGUGCCUCCUCACAGGCUUUGGAGCUGCUGCAGGUCCCUAACAGUCUUCAUCUGGGUUUCCUCAACAGAAUUUGACACAUUUAGACUUCAGGUCUACCUAGUGUUUUACA